GCGCCGCCCCCAAAAAGGGCGGCGCGACGCCGACUCCGACGCCCGCACCGUCCUCGGCGCCCAGUCGCGCCAUCAGGAGCGCGAGCGCAAGAAGCGCCUCAUCUCUGUGACCAAGAUGAGGGGGCCGCCUGGGCUGAGCGGCAAGAAGCUGCAGCAGCACUUCCAGCGCGUGAACCUGAUCGCCCUCGAGGACGACUGGACCAAGGAGCUCACAUCGUUCAGCGAGGUGCUGCCGACGGGCGGCGACUACGCCAUGCCGCUGACUCACGCGAGGCGGCUGCUGACCGACAUCUACGGGGAGGGGCCGUCCAUCAAUUCAUUCAAGCAGCGCCGCGAGGUGGACCUCGAGCCGAGCGUGGCCGACAUCGACAGGAUGGAGCGUGCCCGCCGCAGGCUCGACCCGAGCCAGAACCCGAAGGGCUCCUCGAGGGUGAUGUCGAUGAGCGUGGGCCAGAUCCCCGGCGUCUCGAGGAAGACCGGCACGCUGCCCAGGCAUAUCCCUGUAGACAGUAGCCCGAACGCUGCGGGCCUCCGCGGGGGCGCGCUGGACGGCAGCUUCCAGGACGUGUGGGUGUCGGGCGGCUCCGUGAGCUUCGACUUCGAGGGCCGCCCCAGGCCCGACAUGCCGGUGCCGGAGGAGCCGUGAGGCCCGACAUGCCGGUGCCGGAGGAGCCGUGACGGGGCCGCGGCCGCCCCUGGCGGCGCCAGGAAGGAGAGGUGGUCCAACGGGUCCCUGAGUUCCUCCUCCUCCUCCUCCUCCUCCUCCACCUCCUCCCUCCCCAUCCCCUCCUCCUCUCCAUCCCUCCUCUCCGAGUUUUGUUGGUCUUCGGGUGGGGUCGGACGGGGCCAGGACGAGGAUGAAUCCGUUCCAGAGUGUUCUAAAACGC